GUCGAAAGAAGAGAGCGGCGCAGGAGUAAUUUCCCUUUUUCAUUCUCAGUGCUGGAGACAGCUCUUUGGUCGCCUUCGCCCACCGCAGCUGAUCACAGCCCAACACCUCCCGCACCUCCUCCCUCCCUCCCUCCCCCCUCUCCCAUCCCACUCGAAGCAAGCGGAGGCCUUCCGAAACUCACUGCAAAGAGAGUUGGCGUCUGCAGAGCAAAGUUGUUCAGCCGCUCUCUCUCUCUCUCUCCUUGCAGGGUUUUAUUUUCGGGAGAGAUCGACUGCAUAGGCAGUUGAUGUCUCUCCAGCUCUCUGGUUUCUGCUUGUAACUUUGCAGAAACCUCACAGACAUGUUGUCCAGAAGGUAAAAAGAACGUAAUUUGACUCAGUAGAAAUAUAACAAAAUAUAUCUGAAAUAUUGAGACGUCAGGUAUCAGAGCCGCAUGUGGGACUCGAACUGGAUUCUCCCAGCGUCUCCGUUAUCUUGUACUUGGAGGGAGAGAGGGGGAGGGAGAGAGAACCUUGUAUGAAAGAACAGCGUUCAAUGACCGAUUUUGAAAGAGUUUUUCUCCCCCUUCGAUGUCUCUCUCUCCUUCUCCCUCUCUCCCUCUCCGGGCGAACCGACGAAGCGAUGCAGCCGGGGAUUUGCACACCGAAUUAAUCCAGCACAAUAUGGCAGAUCUACACCGUGUUUAGCAAGGAGAGGAGCAACGGGCUUUGUAUUCUGCCAUGCAUAGCGCACAGCAUUGCACCGAUGGCCCCAAUGUACCAAGGUAUGGGCUCGCAAGUGGAAGUCUUCUCCCCUCACACAAUUCAGUCAAGUGCCUUCUGCAGUGUGAAGAAGCUGAAAGUGGAGCCGGGCUCUAACUGGGAUAUGACCGGGUAUGGUUCUCACAGCAAGGUCUACACCCAGAGCAAGAGUUCGACCAUCGCACAGCCGACAGUCAGCACCUCUAUCCAAGCUACCAACCCCACCCUCUCCUACGAGCAGGCGGUGAUAUUCCCAGCCAGCGCUGGCCACAUUGUCUUUACGACCGCCAACAGCACGUCAGGGUUAGUGGCCGUCUCCGCUCAGGCACUGGGAGCCCCUCAGAACCUGACGCGCCGCAGCACGGUGAGUCUCCUCGACACCUACCAGCGAUGCAGCCUGAAGCGGAAGAGUGAGGAGCUCGAGGACGCCAGCAGCGUGCAGAUCAUCGAGGAGCACCCGCCAAUGCUUCAGAACGCCACCAGCGGAGCCACUGUUGCCACGGCGACCACCUCCACUGCCACGUCCAAGAACAGCGGCUCCAACAGCGAGGGUGACUACCAGCUCCUGCAGCACGAGGUGCUGUGCUCCAUGACCAACACGUACGAGGUGUUGGAGUUCUUGGGCCGCGGGACUUUUGGCCAAGUGGUCAAGUGCUGGAAGAGGGGGACCAAUGAGAUCGUGGCCAUCAAGAUUCUGAAGAACCACCCUUCGUAUGCGCGGCAGGGCCAGAUUGAGGUGAGCAUCCUGGCCCGGCUGAGCACGGAGAGUGCGGACGAUUACAACUUCGUCCGGGCCUACGAGUGUUUCCAGCACAAGAACCACACUUGCCUGGUCUUUGAGAUGCUGGAGCAGAACUUGUACGACUUCCUGAAGCAGAACAAGUUCAGCCCACUGCCCCUCAAGUACAUUCGGCCCAUCCUGCAGCAGGUGGCCACGGCUCUGAUGAAGCUCAAGAGUCUGGGCCUGAUUCACGCCGAUCUCAAGCCAGAGAACAUCAUGCUGGUGGAUCCAGUCCGGCAGCCCUACCGAGUCAAAGUGAUAGACUUUGGUUCAGCCAGCCAUGUGUCGAAGGCCGUCUGCUCCACUUACCUGCAGUCCAGGUAUUACAGAGCGCCGGAGAUUAUCCUGGGAUUGCUGUUUUGCGAGGCUAUCGACAUGUGGUCACUGGGGUGCGUAAUCGCAGAGCUGUUCUUGGGGUGGCCAUUGUAUCCGGGAGCAUCGGAGUACGAUCAGAUCCGUUACAUCUCACAAACGCAAGGGUUGCCGGCAGAGUAUUUGUUAAGUGCAGGGACAAAGACAACACGGUUCUUCAACAGAGAUCCAGAUUCAUCAUAUCCACUGUGGAGGCUUAAGACACCAGAAGAUCAUGAGACAGAGAUGGGAAUCAAGUCAAAGGAGGCAAGAAAGUACAUUUUUAAUUGUUUGGAUGAUAUGGCACAGGUGAAUAUGGCCACGGAUCUGGAGGGAAGCGAGAUGUUGGCAGAGAAGGCAGACAGAAGGGAGUUUAUCGAUCUGCUAAAGAAGAUGUUGACCAUUGAUGCAGACAAGCGAAUUACUCCAAUUGAGACGCUGGGCCAUCCCUUCGUAAUGAUGACCCAUCUACUUGAUUUUCCUCAUAGCACACAUGUCAAGUCCUGCUUUCAGAACAUGGAGAUUUGCAAGCGAAGGGUCAAUAUGUAUGACACAGUGAACCAGAGUAAGACACCAUUCAUCACACAUGUGGCUCCAAGCACUUCAAGCAACCUUACAAUGACUUUCAGCAACCAACUCAGUACAGUUCAAAACCAGGCCAACAGUCUGGCUCCCACAUCCACAAGUGCCACCCUUUCCCUUGCCAACUCUGAUGUCUCCUUACUUAACUACCAAUCUGCACUUUACCAGCCUUCAGCAGCUUCCAUGGCAGCCGUUGCCCAGCGGAGCAUGUCACUGCAGUCAGGAGCCUCACAGCUGUGUGCUCGACCUGAUCCCUUCCAACAGGCCUUAAUUGUCUGCCCGCCUACCUUUCAAGGAUUGCAGGCGUCCCCCACCAAGCACGCUGGGUACUCAGUCCGAAUGGAGAAUGCUCUUCCUAUCGUCACACAGGCUCCGGGGGCUCAGCCGCUUCAGAUCCAGCCUGGCCUACUAACACAGCAGACGUGGCCUAGUGGAACCCAGCAGAUUCUUUUACCUCCAGCAUGGCAGCAGUUAACAGGAGUGACGACUCAUACCUCAAUGCAGCAUGCUACUGUUCUUCCAGAGACAAUGGCUGGGACCCAGCAACUGGCAGAUUGGAGGAACACUCACCCACAUACUAGCCAUUACAACACCAUCAUGCAGCAGCCUGCUCUGCUGGCAAGCCAUGUGACUCUGCCAUCUGCUCAACCAUUGAAUAUUGGUGUCGCUCAUGUAAUGAGGCAGCAGCCCACCUCAAGCUCCUCAUCAAAGAAGAAUAAGCAGCAGUCCUCCGCCAGAAAUACUUCAGCAUACGAAGUGUCCUCCUCCCGUAGCUUCAGCUCACACUCACCGCAGCGCUCAAAACGCGUCAAGGAGAACACUCCUCCUCGCUGUGCUGUAGUACAGGACAGUCCGGCCUGUAACACCUUGACGUGUGGCUGGGGAGAGGCCACCAGCACAACCCAGGAGAAUCAGAGGCAGACCAUAGUCAUUCCUGACACACCCAGCCCGGCAGUCAGCGUCAUAACCAUCAGCAGUGAUACAGAUGAUGAAGAAGAACGCAAACGUGUACCCAACAGAUCAUCAAAGCAGAGGAAGAAUGUGAUCAGCUGUGUCACAGUUCAUGACUCGCCAGAUUCAGACUCCUCGAGCAGCAACAGUCCAAGUGCAGUGCGACAGCGACACACCAUUGGCAACAACACCACCUACAACUCGACCAAAGGACACUCGGACAGCCACUAUGGUGGAAACCCACGGACUAUCAUUGUCCCUCCCCUCAAGACACAGUCAAGCGAUACUGUAGCAGGAUGUGACCGCCUUGUCUCAGGUAUACAGGGGCAACAUUCAUUGGGACAUAAAACCAAAAACUCCAGCAUAGUAACAUCUAGUACAAGCCACUCUUCAGGGAGUUUCUCGGGGAUAUCACCUUACCGGCAACAGAGGUCAACAGCCCAUUCCUUGCAACAGCAACCACUUAAUCUCAGUCAGGCUCAGCAACACGCAACAAGCAUACCGGAGCGGAGUGGAAACCAUGGACAUCGAAGACAACAGGCUUACAUCACACCAACUAUUGCACAGGCUCCUUAUUCAUUCCCACAUCGUAGUCCUUCACACACCACUGUGCAUCCUCACCUGGCUGCAGCUCAUCUACCGGGUCAGCCUCAUCUGUAUACCUAUGCCACACCUGCUGCCCUAGGCCCCACAGGCACGGUGGCUCACCUUGUGACAUCGCAGGGCUCUGCCAGGCACGCCUAUGCUGCCCAUCCUGGGGGAAUAGUUCACCAAGUGCCCGUAGGCAUGGGGCCAAGAGUACUGCCUUCUCCAACCAUCCAUCCAAGUCAGUACCAACCCCAGUUUGCCCAUCAGACAUACAUCAAUGCUUCGCCAGCCUCAGCUGUCUACACAGGAUACCCACUGAGCCCAACCAAGGUGAACCAGUAUCCCUACCUUUAAGACUGGAGAUCAAUAAGACAUUAUACUGAAUUAAAACAAGCAACAAUGCAUCUCACAUUUGGGAAGGUACUUCAGAAAUGGGCUGGAAGGAAGUGUGCCUAGUCACAGAAUGAGAAAAACAAAUCUUUUUAUGAGAAGUUUGUUUUUUUUUAAAAAAUCACCAAAACUGUUAAUUGACCACUGGUCAAUGACGAAGACCUUCAAAGGGAAGUCAAUCAGUGGAUGGAUGGAGGAGAUUAAGGAUCUACAACCUGGAGACGACUCUCAGAGUUUGGUUGAAAUUUUAUUAGUGAAAUUCAGUAAAUGUACUAGAGCCGUUGACUUUCCCAAUUUUACUUUUUUGUUUGGAAAAACAAAGAGCUGCUCUUCCUUUUCUAAAUAAAACCAUCCUUGUGAAGGUAAAGGUUGCCAGGGCUCCUUAGAAUGUAGAGAGUCAAGGAAAGCAUCAUUUGGUGACACGAUACCAAUAGAUAUUACUUGUGAUUACACAACUGUGAUUCAGCCUAACUCUGUUCUUAAGGCGUACUAGAUGUGUCUGUUCAGAGCUCCAGUGUGUAUGUGUGUGUGCAUGUGUGCUGAUAUUCUUGUCUGUGGUUUCUUUAACAGAGAGCUUCCUAGCAUAGGCAUUGGUUUUGAACAUAUUCCCUUUUAGUGCCUUACAGAAAAGGAUGAGAGUUCCACCAGAUUUCAUAUAGAUCAAUGUCAAUACUGAGACAGUCUCCCAAUAGUGACUCUUGGGCAUUAUGAUCUUGGGUGGCAGAAAGGACUAGCUGUAGGAGACCACCAGAGGACAGGAUAAGGGUACCUUUGAAAAGGGAUUUGGGUGGUGGUUAAGCAGGGAGAACGUGCAGACGCUUGUUUUCUUGAACUACCCAUUCCACAUGGUAUAAUCCUACUGGUUCCUACUCGAUUUUAUUCCUCUUCCCAUGGCCAACAUCAUCAGUAGAAGAGCAAAGUCUCAAGGAAGAAUGCACCAUUUAGCCCUUUAAGUACAUCCAGAGUUUUCGUUUAAUUUAGGAAUUAAUUAAUGGUUUUCCCUUUCCUCCUAUACAGUACAUCAACUUGCCUAUUUCUGGAAUAUCCAUCACCCCGAAAAAUAGAUCUAAAUUCUUGCCAAUGAUAAAAUUACCAGUGUCCUCCUCUUAGAGGUGUCAAUUGUCAUGAACCAAUAACUGUCUUCAGUUAAUUAAUGGUGGCAGGCAAUACACAUGUAAAAUGCUUUACAGCGUUGCUGGUCCUGUCCUAUCAGGGAGAAAGAAAAUAUAAGGUGAGGUAACACAGAGUUUCUGUACCCCAAAACACUCAAAGUCUUGGGAUUAGUUUAUGUUGCAUUAUUAGAUUUCAGUGUCACCAGUAAACUUCAACCCUCCCAUACUAGUUCUGCUUAGUAUUUUUCAUCCCUGGCUGUAUCAAUGUCUCAUUCCAAUAUCAGCCAUCUUUUUCAACGAAGCAAGCAAACUGCUGCUAUCUUUCUCUGACAGUAUCACUCACUUAGAUGUCGGAACAGUGGACUAUUUCCUGUUGUGCACAAUACUGACCAAGCAGGGCUUUGAUUUCCUGCUACCUUUCUCCCUCGCUCUCCCAAUUUCAUGCAAUAUUGAUGAGCCUAAGCCUAACUGUAUGGUACUAUAAGCUUAUAGGCAAAUUAGCCUAAUCCUGUUCCUAUAACUCCUUAACUGCAUGUUAGUUUGAUGUUUCUCGGUCUUCUGUUGGAACUUCGUUGGCAAGCACUGAUAUGCUGUUUCACUUAAUAUGGAAUUACAGCUCAGCCCCAUUGUGUCCAAGUGUAUUGGCAAAUGUGAAGGUAUGGGCUGAGGGUUCUGCUAUACCUGCUCAACCUUUACUAAACAUUAAGACCACAUAUGGCUCCCCUGACUGAGACAGCCCAAGCCUCCUGACUGAAGCACUGUAACGGGAUUUUCAACAAGUCACUGAUUUGAUAGGCAGAGGCAAGGGGGAUGAAACAGUUUAAAGAAAGAGAUUAUUAGUGAUGUUGAUUAUCACCUGAUGGUGAAAAGCAUUGUGAUUCUGUUCGUGUGCUUUAGUGUUUUGGGGAAUAAAAGGCAGACUGAGAAAUACAAGUACAGGAACCUUUUUAAUUGGCACAUUGUCAUAAUUAAACUAGGCUUUUUUCUUGGGAAUAUAUGUUUUUUAGAAAUAUUUUCUUGAUCAAUACACAAUUUGUGACUGACAUUUUUGAAAGAAUAUUUCAAUUUUUCCUUGUCAGAUAGGUUUUAAAUGUAGCUGCUGUUUUAAAUAUUUUGAUUGACUGUUGAUUUUGUUUUAUUUUCCCUUGCCUCUCAAUUUCCAUCUGGUGACAACCAACCCCACAUAAUUUAGAGGGAACUAUUGAAUUUUUUGCUAUUUGUUUCAUGCAUUGUAUUUAUUUCCUAUUGGAGCAGUGUUGUCCAAUAAAAAUCUGCCAUCUACAGGGCUAUCUAUAAUUAAUGAUAGCUAUCUAUGCUCAUUUUAGUUCGAUUAUCCCAUCCUGGUAAAUGGAAAACUCAUAUACAUCUACUUGAGAAACAUCUUGUCUCACUCAGAAACUAUGUAACAGUCCUGAUGAUCAACACUACUUCUCAUUUUGCUAUUUUACCAGGAAAUGUAAAAAAAUGGCUCAUUUGUGUAGGUCAUUUGAAUAUGAUACCUGUAUCCAACUGUUUACCAAUGAGCAUGUGUCUCAUGUAUUUUGCAACGCUGCUUUGGGGCAAAUAACUGUUAAAAAUAUGAAAGUGUAGAGAAUGUAUUUCUGAACACAGAUGUGAUUUUAAAGGGCAACAUGAGCUGCAUCAGCUGGGUUCCAACUGGCCAAGGAAGAAGUGCAUUGGAACUUUUCCACAACUUGAAUGAUUUGGUGACAACAAUAGUCAUAUAUAUUCUGAAGGCUGAGUCUUAUUUUGGGCCUUCUGACAGCAGCCAGCUGCAACCCAGAAGGGGAAAAGAGUUGGUUUAGUGUAAGGAUGGAAAUACAAAGAAAAGAACAAGUAAAACAUACAUAGUAAAACAAGAUGGCUCUUGUCACCAAAGAAACCACAUUUUAUUGCAUCAUAUGUUCUUUGCUGCCCCUUGACCACUGGUUAUUUUAUGAAGCUGUCUUCACCCUUUUUAGUAGGAGGGAGCUGAAACUUGUUCUUCCUCUUGUGUAACUAAAUCUAAUUUCCUAAUUUGUUUUUUUUAGAUUGUAAUUUCUUAGUUUAAUGAUGACUGGCAUUGCUGCUAUUUUGAUGUAUUUAUACAUUUGAGUGAAUCCAUAUCUGUUCUGUGUGUAUAUACAUAUUUAUAUAUAUAUAUAAUAGAAGAAAACAAAUGUUCCUAAUCAUCAAAUCCAGGAAGGGUCUCAAAAAUCUACUGAGUACCAGGUAAAGUGAGCUGUCUGCACAGUAAUAAUUUUUAAAUCAUAUGAGGAUCAAUUUUUAUUCUGUUUAACAAAUUUAUUCAUGUACCUUUUAAAGACAUAUUGAGAUGCAAAUGUUCAUCAAUCAGCUCAAUGUCAACUACAUGCCCUUGUCCACACUCUCCACAAGCACCCGCCAAGGCCAGUGGAUGAUAGUAGGUUUGGGCUGAUGGGGAUUAACCAAUCACACAUGCAAAUAUUUCAUCUGAGAUCAAUGUGUGGCUGAUAUUUCUGGGUCGCUUGAAUCCAUUUGAUGUUUGACUUUUCAUAAUACUGACUUAUUUGCAAUACAGUUUUUUUUUGCUGCUCACUGUACUUCGGUUGUUAAAAAUGAACUGGUCGCGUUUUUACUUUAUAGUCCAAGUGAAAUGCUAUGGCAGUGGUGCAUUUUGAGCAUCUUUACAAUUCGGCUGAAAGUGCCUUUCAUUCAGAAGACCUCCCAUGUAUAUCGACAAUAAUGCAUGGCUUUUACAAAAGAAUGUGGGUUUCAUACAUACACCAGAACAUUGCACCAGUUGUCUGAUGCCAAGCAGGGAGUGUAGAUAUAAAAAAAACUGGCCACAAUUCUCCAAUGCAGGCUCCCCUUCAGCAACCACAUAGGAACAUCACUCUGUUAAAUGGACAUGGUCACAUGUGGGAGAUACUAUCACAUGCAUAGGGUUAUAUAGAUUGAAGACAAGAAACAUAGUUUGACAUGGAAUUUAUUGGACAAUUUACUAAACCACAUGUUGCUCAAAGCAACCCAGAAAAUAAACUGUGGUGUUAUACAAAUUUUUCCUGUAUCCUUCGUUAUAUUUUCAGGAGAUGGAGAUGAAGAUUGUUUAUGAUAUGAGUUUGGGGGAGGGGAUGAAACUACCAAGAAUAUGAUCGAUAAGACUGACCCAAAUCACCACAAAUUGGCACAAAUCUGGAAUUUUAGAGAAGCUGAAGAAAAACGCCAAAGAAAUUCAGGAGCUACAUCCUCCCUCAUUCUAUCACUUCCCUUGCUUUUUUUGUUGAUCAUAUUGAUAACUUUCUGAAAGUUUUCAAGCAUAAAGUUUAUCACAGCCGGAAAUGUGUGAAACUUUAUGGGGUGGGACUGCUGCAUUUCAGCUAUACACGGUGAUAUUCAGAUUUUCUUCUUAGCUGCCAGAUUGCAAACAUUGUAACAGUUCCUGCCUUGGGCUGUAACAAAUUUACAUCUAGUACUAAUUUUGUGCAAAUACUAUUUUUAUUACACAAUUGAACUAAACUUCAAGAUAAAAAAAGUUGUUGAUUUAGGCCUGCAACCAUAUUAACUGGCUGUGUUUUUUAAGCUCCCAAAAAGAUGCACUCAAAUUUGACAUCGUGGUGGAGGAAAGGGACCUCUUUCCCGAAAUAGUUUGUUUUCCACCUUUCUUUCUGUUUUUUUGCUGCCAUUCUGGUUAAUCUGAUGUCUUGUUCAAUUAGCCAAUCACUAGAGGAGCCAGGAUUUGCCAGGGAACUAAAUGAAGAACAAUGAUUGAAUCAUGACCCAAGAGCUUCUUCUAAAGCCCCUAACGUUUAGACCUGCUCAAAGUAGUUCUCCAAGUAAAUCUUGGAAUUUCCUACUCCUUGACAGAAUUUACUAAGCCAUCAGGGAAACGCACUAUUGAACCAUUACAGUAUAUACAUUUUAAGCUCAGUGGCACUUUACUGUCAUCUAUAAUACAUACCAACUCCAGUUCUGAAUUGAAAGAAUGGUGAAGUUGAUAAAAUGUUCAUGCAGCUGAGCUGAUGAGGAGAGAGAUUGGUGUGAUGGUUGCAAAAAUCAGAGGAAUGGAGUCUGGUGAGAAAUUGAGAAGGGUUAAGGUGACAGAAUCAAUGAAUCAGGACAAUUGUAUUGUGUAUAAUUCACAAAAAGGAAACUUGCAGGUUACUGUGGUUGGUAAUGUAGUUGGUAUAUAUUAUAGUUGCAUUUUGAGAUGCUGGAGUAAAAGUUUAAUGUCCAUCACUUGCAAUAUUUUCAAAUAAAAUUAUAAAUAAUUGG